CCUAAAGACUGGACUUACUGUGCUCCAAUUACCCAGCAGCUGGGCAGGUUAUCCACUCAACUAAGUAAAACCUUAGACCAAAAAAAAAAGAAGAAAAACUAAGUAAAACCUCUGCAGACUAGAGUUAAUGGCUUCUCACGACCACCACGCUCACGACCACCAUCACCAUCAUCAUGAUCAGGAUCACCAUCACGAUACCCACAAUCAGACGACGUCGUGGGUAGGCCCAGAUGGAAGAGUGUAUCACAGCCACGAUGGGUUAGCACCUCACUCUCAUGAACCCAUUUACUCUCCUGGCUACUUCAGCAGAAGAGCUCCACCAAUCGUCACUAGGGAUUUCAAUGAAAGAGCUUUCACUGUUGGUAUUGGUGGUCCUGUUGGUACUGGGAAAACCGCUUUAAUGUUGGCUAUAUGUCAAUUCUUGCGAGACAAGUACAGUCUUGCUGCAGUGACAAAUGAUAUAUUCACAAAGGAGGAUGGUGAAUUCUUGAUUAAGCAUGGAGCACUUCCUGAAGAAAGGAUACGGGCUGUGGAAACUGGUGGCUGUCCUCAUGCUGCAAUUCGUGAAGAUAUCAGCAUUAACCUUGGCCCUCUUGAGGAGCUUUCUAAAUUAUUCAAAACAGACAUAUUACUUUGUGAAUCUGGUGGAGAUAACUUAGCUGCCAACUUCAGCAGGGAAUUGGCCGACUAUAUCAUAUAUAUAAUAGAUGUAUCUGGUGGUGAUAAAAUUCCUCGAAAGGGUGGCCCUGGCAUUACCCAAGCGGAUCUCCUUGUUAUAAACAAGACUGACCUUGCACCGGCAGUUGGAGCUGACUUGGCAGUCAUGGAGCGUGAUGCACUUAGAAUGAGAGAUGGUGGGCCAUUUGUAUUUGCUCAGGUGAAGCACGGACUUGGCGUAGAGGAAAUUGUGAACCAUAUUUUACAGGCCUGGGAAGGAGCAACUGGGAAGAAGCAGCAUUGACCUCUGCUCCCAAAGCUGUCUUAGCAUAUUGGCUCUUUCAGAAAUGCCCUGAUUCUGCAAUAAAGGAUUUCUUCUGUUUGGUUCUCAGAUAGGAAAUAGGAAAAGUGCAUCUGAAGAGGAGGAAUUAUUUUCAUAGUUUGGCCUUGUACAAUUGUACUUUUCAGUUGCUUGGGGCGUAGUAUGCAGUACUCUUUUGCUAAACAAUAAUCUUGUUUCAUUUCUGCUCUCCCAUUUCUUGAUCCUUAUCAGUAAGAUUCUCAAUAUACUACUAUUAUUGCAACCA